GAGACGGUCAGGAGGCAGAGGGGAGGGGGAGCUGAUUCCUCCUCCCUCUCUGUCUCAAAGUCCUUUUGCUUUCCAAGCUCAAAUGCUAGCUGAAAUCUGACGCCUGGGCUGCAUAUACUGUGAGACGUGGGCAUGCCCUUGCAGUGCACUGAUUUCCUCUGCAGCUUGGAAAGCCAGAGCCGCGCCGAGCCUCUGAGCGAGGAGCCGCUCCAUCAGGCAGCGACUGCCACAUCCCUGUGCUGCCCACGCAAGGGGCUCCAGUAUGGUCCUGAGGCUCCUGCUCCUCCUCGCAGGGCUGCUUAGGGCCACCAAGCCUGCGCCCCGCUGUGAAACCGGCCAGGAGACCCUAGGUCAAUGCCAAUCUGUUCAGAAAGGUGUGAUGUGACUUUGCUUGCUCUCCUUGGGGAAUCUCGAAACCUUAAGUAUUUCUUAAGUAUUUCCUGACAAGUUUGUAAUGUUGGUGCUCUAGUAGGUCUUGUUGUUAGAGAGAUGAUCUCUUUCACACAAGGUAGAAUUUUGCUGCUGUGAUAAUGGUGUUUGUUACCAGCCAGAGACUUUAGCAAGAGAAGGAGGCUCAAACUGUAAUAGCCAGUAAUUUUAUGACAAGACUUCUCUCAGUUACUUCCUUUUCACCUCUGUGUGGCUGAAGCAAAAUGUGUGGACAUCACCUUAAGUUCUUGUACUGAUGUUGCCUAUACUCAAACAAUGUAUCCUAAUUUCCUGGAUCAGAAGACUCGAGAAGUGAUUGAGUACAGCUCCGAGUACAUUCUCAUCAGCGUGCUGCACAACUUGCUCCAGGGAGAAUGUAACCCAGACCUGAGGCUCCUGGGCUGCUCAGUGCUGGCCCCACAGUGUGAAAAGGAUAAAGUUAUAAAGCCCUGCAGGCACGUUUGUGAAAACCUGAAAAAAAAUUGCCUCCCUGCUUUUGAUGCAAUAGACAUGGCUUGGCCCUACUUUUUGGACUGUGACCGUUUUUUUGCAGGGGAAGAAGAGGGAUGUUUUGACCCACUGGCAAAGCUGCGAGGAGAAGUAGAUGUUGAAGAAGAUUUGCCUUCAGACUUGCCAGGAACUUUUAUUCAGUUCAAACACCAUUCAUAUUCCCAAAUGGUGAGCACAUUGAAGAAGACUGCUUCUAAAUGCUCCCAUAUUGCAACAACUUACAGCAUAGGCCGAAGUUUUGAAGGGAAGGAUCUUUUUGUGAUUGAGUUUUCAACCAAGCCUGGACACCAUGAACUGCUCAAGCCAGAAUUUAAGUACAUUGGCAAUAUGCAUGGAAAUGAAGUUGUGGGGAAAGAGCUGCUAAUAUACCUUGCACAGUAUCUGUGUUCGGAGUAUCUUCUCGGGAACCCUCGCAUCCAGACCUUGAUUAAUAACACCAGAAUUCAUCUCCUACCUUCUCUCAACCCUGAUGGGUAUGAAUUGGCUGCAGAAGAGGGAGCUGGUUACAAUGGAUGGGUCAUCGGAAGACAGACAGCUCAGAACUUGGACCUGAACAGAAAUUUCCCUGAUCUGACGUCUGAAGCUUACAGAAGAGCUGAGAUUCGUCGGGCCCGCCUUGACCACAUCCCCAUUCCACAAUCCUACUGGUGGGGUAAGGUGGCCCCUGAGACAAAAGCAGUCAUGAAGUGGUUGAGGUCUAUCCCGUUUGUGCUCUCUGCCAGCCUCCAUGGGGGUGAGCUAGUUGUGACCUACCCUUAUGACUACUCAAGACAUCCUAUGGAAGAAAAAAUGUUCUCCCCCACACCUGAUGAGAAGAUGUUUAAAAUGCUGGCUAAAGCCUACGCAGAUGCACAUCCAGUCAUCUCAGACCGAUCCGAACAUCGUUGCGGUGGAAAUUUUGUAAAACGCGGAGGUAUUAUAAAUGGUGCUGAGUGGUACAGCUUCACUGGAGGCAUGGCAGAUUUUAAUUACCUUCACACAAAUUGCUUUGAAGUGACCGUGGAGGUAGGAUGUGAAAAGUUUCCUUUGGAGGAAGAGUUGUUCACAAUCUGGCAUGAAAACAGAGAUGCCCUUUUGAAUUACAUGGAAAUGGUUCAUCGGGGGAUAAAAGGAAUUGUGUCUGAUAAGUUUGGCAACCCAAUAAAAAAUGCUCGUAUUUCAGUCAGGGGCAUCCAGCAUGAUGUCACCACAGCUGCUGAUGGAGACUACUGGCGACUCCUGCCUCCUGGGACAUAUAUAAUCAGUGCCCAAGCGGCGGGAUACAGCCGGGUGAUAAAGAGGGUCACCAUUCCUGCCAAGAUGAAACAGGCUGGGCGAGUCGACUUUGUGUUGCGACCUGCUGAGGCUUGGCCCAACAAACUCCUCCGCCGCUCGAUGGAAGACAUGUAUGACCCGUACGACCCACUGGAACUUUUUGACCCUCAUGCCCAACACAGGCAGGCUGAGGCUCGAGGUGGGUCACCGCCGGGCAGGGAGAAGCCCUGGUGGUGGUCCUACUUCAGCUCUCUAGGCCUACACAAACCUCUGUGGCUGCUCAAGCAGCGCUGAAGGGCGUCACAGUGCUCUGCUCACCUUGCUCUGCUGCCCUUCCAUCCAACUCCAAACACCCCCACUGCUCUUGGUAAUAUUUAAAUUUGUUUCAUUUGAAUACAAAAUGAUAAACAAAGCGCUCUUACUUCUUUUGGUUUCUCUUCACACACCACUGAGUAUGUUCAAGUGGUUUUUAUAUAUUAAAACCAAUGGUGCACACCUAUUCAAUGGCCAGGUUUUAUGCAGUUUUUUUCUUUGCAAUGCUCUGUACUUCUGCCCAUGUAGCUAAUUGUCACAUUCAUUAAGUUCGAAGUAUCUGCAGAAAAAUAUUCCUGAUCCUUUAAUACAUUUUUAUAUAUGUCUUAACACAUUAAUGACUAUAUACUAAAAACACUUUCAGAAACAUCUUUUCUUUCUUAUUUUUUAUGUUAUUUUGGCAUAUUAAGUUCAGUUCAUUAACUCUUCUAAUACAGCUCAAAAUAAUUUCCUUAAAAUUCGUUAUGUGAUAUCAGCAUUGAUUUCAGACAGAAAACACUAGGAAUUUGAAAAUAAAUCUGCAUCUAAGUAACAUGUUUCAUAGGACGGGCUGCUCAUAGGCAGGUCAGUAUUAAUAAUAACAUACUUUCCCAAGCACUUUUUCAGAAAUUAUCCUUUGAAGACAUACAUAUUAAAAGUGUUAAAUAUUUACAGCCUUCCUCCUUUGAAAUCUCUUGCACCAUGAGUAGGCCCAUCAAAUCAAGAAAAAUGUUUGGAAAGCAAAUUCUGUUCCAAGGUAACUGAAUAUCCAGUCUUUGUGAUGUUUAAUUGUUAAUAUAAUUCAAACAGUUUUAAAUCUGUUAAAUAGAUUUUUAGUCUAUUUCAGUCUAUUCAGUCUAUUUCAGCAAAAUACUAAAAAAUACUUUUACUGCUGAAAAUACAUCCUAUGACACAUAGAAUCACAGAAUGUUAGGGAUUGGAAGGGACCUCAAAAAAUCAUCUAGUCCAAUCCCACCACCGGAGCAGGAACACCCAGAUGAGGUUACACAGGAAUGUGUCCAGGCAGGUUUUGAAUGUCUCCAGAGAAGGAGACUCCACAACCCCCCUGGGCAGCCUGUUCCAGUGUCUGUCACCCUCACCGAGAAGAAGUUUCUUCUCAAAUUUAAGUGGAACCUCCUGUGUUCCAGUUUGUGUCCAUUGCCCCUUGUCCUAUCAUUGGUUGUCACCGAGAAGAGCCUGGCUCCAUCCUUGCGACACAUCAAAAUAGGUGAGAUAGUUUGUGAGGAAUUUAGGUUAAAAUGCAACAUAUUACACUAAGAUUGUUAACGUCAUGCAUGGUUUUGAAUCAAUGUAUUUGUUAAUGAAACUUGCAGACACCAAAGAAAUCAUAAACUUCUUUUCAAGAUAGUUGAGUAAAGCCAGGUGAAUUGAGGUCUUUGCAAGAUACUGUCUUCUCUCAGAGAUCAGAUGUAGUGUUUUCUUAGGAAGAUUCAAAAAAAUAUCCUUAAUUUUGAUGUAACAUAUAAGACCACACUUCCCUUUGACUUGAACUGGUUAAUCUCUAUAUACUCACAGUAUUUCCUCAUCUAACUGCUGGAGUGUGUGAAUAGGGUGAUUGUUUGGAGUUGUACUUACUGCAGCAGUUAGUUGCUGGAUUGGCUGUCUGGAUUGCCUUUUGAUUUCUAAAAACUGUUUUGCUCAUCUUAAGUAAAGAAGCCUACAUUGCAUAAAUCCUAUAGUCUAUGCGCACAUACCUCAGACUACAAUUGCCCAAGAAAGCCCAAGAGAUGAAUGAUCUUAAUUCUGCAACCAGAUGCUGCACAUGCCUAAGUACCUUAUUCCCAGUUGUAAUCUGAUUGAAGUUAGGAGUCUGUUAUUCAUAUGCUUGAACGUCUGAAGGUCUGGAAACUAUGUAAAAAUGAAAGAAAACAAUUUCAUAGCAUUUACAAAAAGUAAUUAUAUGGGAGUGAAUGUACUGCAUGCACAUGGAUAAUUGUUCCUUGCCCAGGCUUGCCAAGUUCAAAAAAGUCUGAAUACUAAAUAUGCCAAAGAUAAGCAAGCAAGAGAUACACCUCCAGACUUUAUUUCCAGUAAUAGGUAUUACUACUGUUUUCUCUGGUCAUUUUUUUCAAAGCUGCCAUCCUGUGAAAACAGUGGUAAAGCUAAUAAAUCAGAAUAAUAUGCCACAUUGCUGGCUAUUAGCUGCUUUCUAUGCACAUAAUGUCUUUCACACUUAAAAAGACGUUUUCUGUAAUUAUUUCCUAGAUUCUCAUAGGGCUAUUCAAAAUUUUUUCAAGUAAUCACAAUAAACCUAAGCCCACUGAAAUGUAAACCA